AACCGUUACGGACUUCCGGUUCCGGUGACGCAACUAUAUAACCUGCCGUCUGACGCCCAGACGCUCCGGGAACAUGGCGUGCCCGUGGCUGAGGCAGUGCCGGAGGUGGAGUACGAACUGUACGAGCAGGAGUCUGUUAGAAACCUUGAGGCACUUUAACGGCCGGUCCGUGCCCACGUUCUCCACCGCCUGUCUCCGGCGGACAUCAUGGAGCUCCAGGCCGGGGAGCGAGGGGCAGCUAUCGGCUCUACCGACACAGAUGCUCCCAAAAACUCUCAUCUCCACCACAUCUCUACCCAGACACACUUCCCAGCUGCUGAAUCCAACACUGCAGUCUUGCUGUUGCAGACAGAAUGUACACACUGACGUGAAGCUGCAGGACCCGUUUACAUUAGCACAGAAAGAUUUAACAAAUUUAUAUGAUGACAUCAGAAAGGAGCUAUUUGUAUCCAGAGAUGAGCUGAAGUCGCUAUGUGACUACUACUUCGAUGGGAAGGGCAAAGCCAUACGACCGAUGAUUGUUGUCCUAAUGGCCCGGGCGCUCAACGCUCACAGCAACGGAUCCGGAGAUUUGCUCCCGGGGCAGAGGACCAUAGCUAUGAUUGCAGAAAUGAUCCACACUGCCAGCUUGGUGCACGACGACGUCAUCGACGGAUCAGAUAGACGACGGGGAAAGAGAACCAUCAAUGAGGUGUGGGGGGAAAAAAAGGCCAUCUUAGCUGGAGAUUUCAUCCUUUCAACUGCCUCCAUGGCCAUGGCUCGUAUUGGGGACAACACAGUUGUAAAAGUGAUGUCACAGGUGAUGGAGGAUCUGGUGCGAGGUGAAUUCAUGCAGCUGGGCUCCAAGGAGCACGAGAACGAGAGAUUCAAACACUACCUGGAGAAAACCUUCAAGAAGACGGCGAGUCUUAUUGCAAACAGCUGUAAAGCAGUAUGUACGUUCUGUUUCACACAAAUAUCACGGCGCAGAAGAAGAGGCUCGGUUUCUACUCAAAUGUUUUUUGGCUCUUCUGUGUCAUCCAAGGUGUGCGUUCAGGUAACUACUGAUCCGAAAGUUCAUGAAAUAGCCUACAAGUAUGGGGAGAAUGUUGGCAUUGCAUUUCAGCUGGUGGAUGAUGUCCUGGACUUCACAUCAGGAGCCAGCCACCUGGGGAAGCCCUCGGCUGCAGAUCUCAAACUGGGCUUGGCCACCGGGCCGGUCCUGUUCGCUUGUCAACAGUUCCCGGAGCUCCAUGCGUUGAUCAUGAGACGCUUCAGCUCUAAAGGAGACAUAGAUCAAGCCUGGCAGUACGUCCUGCAGAGCGACGGCGUGGAACAGACCAAAUACUUGGCCGAGCGCUACUGUCAAGAAGCCAUCAGGCAGAUCAGUAAGCUCCGGCCGUCGGCAGAGAGAGAUGCCCUCAUCAGGCUCACUGAGAUGGUGCUCACCAGAGACAAGUGAACCUCCAGGAAGCACUUCAGGCAGCUGGCUGUGGAAAAACUAAAAAAAGACUCACCCUGAACUCUCAAACAUUUAAAAACCACGGGAGAUUGGUUCGGAAGGACCACUGGUGCUUGUUUGCUGCAUACCAUAAAUAUAUAUAAAUACUUUGUUUUAGUGCAAAUCCGUUGAUUCAGAUUUCCUCAAUGGCAACAACGGUGAUAAUUUGGAAAAAGGAAAUAUCAUGAACUUAAAUUGAUGGACACCACUGAAAACUGCAAUCCAACUCCUCCCUUCAUUCAGUACUGUGAUCGUCUCGUGUGUGAUCGUCUCAUGCUUGAAAUUAGCAGACUUCUGACUGAGUUUGUUACAUGCUAGUGUUGAGCCGUGGCGGCAUUGAGAAAUCUGUAAAUCCAAAACACACAGAUGACCGUAUGUCAUCGGUUUGUUUGGAUCGAUGUAAAUUUUUAUUUUUCAAGAUCCGUCCACACCUCAGCGGCCAAACAGUCAUGUGUCAUUGUGACAUGUUAUUUAAUGCAAAGUGCUCUGUAUACACUAAGGCCUUAACAUCGUCAAGGACUGAUCAAUAAACCUGCAAUUAUGUUUUUUCAA